GCAGCGUGUCGUCUGCAGGAACGACAACUCGCCGGGAAGAGAAAAAAAGGACUUAUUUUCCCUAUUUUUUGACUGAAAAGGGCGCAUUUUUUUAGAUUAGAUACUUCAGAAUGAUCAUCACGAGGGCGAGUGUGACGCUAAAUAAGCUGCAGUCAACAUGGAAUAUCCUAAAGAGAAUACCUGCAUAUUACUCAACAUCUGCAGACAGUGUACCCUUGGAAAGAAUCAGAAACAUUGGAAUAUCUGCGCACAUUGACUCUGGAAAGACGACGCUGACAGAACGCAUUUUAUAUUAUACUGGUCGGAUCGAUGAGAUGCACGAGGUUCGGGGUAAGGAUGGGGUCGGUGCGGUGAUGGACAGCAUGGAGCUUGAACGACAGCGCGGCAUAACUAUCCAGAGUGCUGCAACCUUCACCAUGUGGAAGAACCAUAACAUCAACAUCAUUGACACGCCUGGCCACGUUGACUUCACUGUAGAGGUUGAACGUGCUCUACGCGUCCUGGAUGGUGCAGUCCUGGUCCUGUGUUCUGUGGGAGGUGUGCAGUCUCAGACCUUAACUGUUAAUCGUCAGAUGAAGAGGUAUUCGGUGCCCUGCUUGGCCUUCAUUAACAAGCUGGAUCGAAUGGGGGCAAAUCCAUACAGAGUUUUGAAUCAGAUGAGGUCGAAACUGAAUCACAAUGCAGCCUUUAUGCAGCUUCCAAUAGGUCUGGAGGGAAACACAAAAGGGAUUAUUGACUUAGUGGCCCAGAAAGCUUUAUAUUUUGAAGGCAAUAAUGG